ACCCUCAUCCUCACAGGUCGACCCUCAUCUCCGAAGAGUAAACCACCCAGACCCAUCCCCCUACCCCUGACAUUUCAAUCGUGUGGCAAUUCAGCACUGUUGGUUUCUUGCCUAACUGUAAGCAGCACUGAGCUGAGCGAGGGCCGUGCCCUAGGUGAGGGUAAGCAGGAAAGGACGAUGAGAAGACAUACUUGGUUUGUGUUGCUCUCUAUUGCUGCCACCUUCCCAGUGUAUGUUCUGGGAUAUGCUAAUGGAAAGGUCGAAAUUGCCUGUGUCAGCAUGCGUCCCAGCCAUAGUGGAAAUACUGCACAAUCAACAGAUCCACCUUAUCAAAUUAUUGCAAAUAGCAGUAGAUUUAACCCAGGAGAUAUAAUCCAAGUGACGCUGCGGAGCAAUCCAGGAAUCAUCUUCAAAGGAUUUCUGCUGGAGGCUCGAUCAGCUGACUCUUCAUCAGAAACACCACUUGGCACCUUCACUCAAAGUCCUGAAGAUGCUCAACUCCUUGACUGCCCGAUUGGUGAUACAACCCACAGAAGCUCUGCUGUAAGUCAGAGGUCCGCAAGCAAUAAAGCAGAGAUCAUUGUCAAUUGGAUUGCAUCGGAUACAGGAAACAUUCAAUUCAGAGCCACUUUUGUGCAAUCAUUUUCAACAUUUUGGAUGGAUGUCAGAAGUCAGACCAUUGAAAGAUCUGGCAGCAAUGUGCCUUCUCCUACUAUGACCACUCCUCUGAACACCAUCACUCUAUCUCAGGGGAUCUCUAGUAAUGGAUGUGGCAGCACCAAAUUUUGCUUCAGUAACCCUGCACAGUGCAAUCCAGCCAGUGAUCCAAACUGUUUCUUUAUGUCAUCCACUCCGAAGGGCAGCCAAGGCUUGCAAUUUGAAAUGAGUGGAAGGUCAACUGGCUAUAUCUCGAUUGGUUUUUCAGAUGACCAGCUAAUGGGAAAUGAUGAUAUCUACAUUUGUGGUAUGGAUGUCUCUGGGAAUAGACAAGUACAGCGUGCCUAUUCCACAGGAAGAGUGCGUCCUCGCACAGAACCACUGGGCGAAGUGGACAAUAUAAAUGUUGCUAAUGAAAAUGGAAUCAUUCAGUGCACAUUUGUCACAAGAAACAAUAUAUCAACAGUACAAAGAGCUGCCAACAAUCAGUACUACUUAUUCUUUGCGUAUGGGCCUUCAGCUGGCGGGCAAAUAGAGCUGCAUUCAGAGAUCCCAUUCAUUUCAACAGAGAAAGUGGAUGUUGCAGUUGUACAGUUAAUUGGUGGCAACAACAACAGAUCAAUUCUCAUCAGGACUCAUGCUGCACUGAUGUUAAUAGCCUGGAUGACAGUUGGAAGCAUUGGCAUGAUAAUUGCCAAAUUCUUUAAGAGCCUUGGUGGCCAAAAGAAGAUUUGGGGCAAGAAUCUUUGGUUUCAGCUUCAUUGGACUCUGAUGAUACUAACUGUUGUUCUAACAAUCAUUGGCUUUGUGCUGGCUUUUGUGCAGGUGAAAGGGUGGAGUUCUAGUGCUGGAUUCCAUCCUAUAUUGGGCUGUAUUGUAAUGGGUCUCUCACUGAUUCAACCCACUGUAGCCUUUUGCCGACCUUCACCAGAUCACAAGAGACGAUGCAUUUUUAACAUUAUUCACAGCUACAUGGCUUUAGUCAUUAAAAUCCUUGCAGUGGCAACUCUGUUUCUAGGGUUCAAAUUGAUCGAAGGACCAGAAAAUUCUUGGAUGGUGAAGGUCUUGGGAGGAUUUGUUGGAUGGCAAUGUCUGAAUUAUUUCCUGUUUCGUAUAUGCUGCUGUUGCAAAGCAAAAGCUUGGUACAUCAAAUGCCAGAAAAAGGUGGAACUCAACGUGAUCCUACUGAUUGUGUACCUAUGUGGAAACUUGGCAUUUCUGAUAGCUCUUCUCGUGGGAAUCGGACAGAGUUAAAAUGGCAUUUGGAAGCGAGACUACAAUGGAUAUAUGUUAACGUCAUCAUUAUUAACAUGGAUAUACAUAUAUAUUAAUAUAAUUGGUGCAACAUCACUAUAUUGCAACAAGCCUUGAGCAUGAGCUACGUCCUAAAUGUACAUCUCUCAGAACAAAAGAAAUAUAACAUGAAUACAACACAGUUCCAUAUUUGCACAAUAGCUAAUAUUUGAUUGUCAAACAUAAUUAUUUCCUAAAUUCUCUGAUGAAUCAUUGCAUCAAAAGACCAGGGAAAUAUUUUAUUCAAUCAUUAAGUAUAGCCAUCAUUACAUAAAACCCUCAUAUGUAUGGUAUUAUAAAUUCUCCCGCUCAUUGAAAUGGUAGCAAUUAAUUAGAAGUAAUUAUUAUAUUGCGAUUAUUUUUAUUUAGUGUUUAAUAGUUUGCCACAAAUUGUGUGGCAACAUCAGGGAAAUUUGUGGAUGAGUUAUUGAGACAGAAUCACAGAACUAAUACAGUGGAGAAGGAGUCCAUUCAGCUCAUCAUUUCUGCAUCAACUCUCAGAAUGAGCACUUUGCCUCAAUGCCAUUUUCCUGCCUUUUCCUCAUAAUUCUGAAAAUUGUUUCGAAUAACAUAAUCAUCUAAUGUUCUCUUAAAUGCCUCAACUUAACUUGACUCACAACACUAGAAAAGUUAAACACAUCUGAACCUUGACCAUAAUGUCUGCUGAGUGAAAGUUAAAUUGAAGCAUACAAGCUCUUGUUUAUCUAAUGUCCACAUGUACUUUCAAUAGUGCCAGCUGUCUGUCUUUUUGAGGAAAUGAUUGUCAAAUAGAAUAAGCAGAAAAUACAUUGUUACUCACCAUUCAAAACUUCUUUAUUGAUGAUCAGACACAAAAAUAAACUGAAUGCCAAAGCCCGAGUGUUUCAGCACUUGAAAGAAAUCAAGAAUAUUUUGUACACAAAUACCAGUGCAAUUGAGGUCACAAUGUACUUUAGUGUUUGAUUCCAACUACCUUGUUUUUUUUAAAAAUUGUUAAUAGUAAACUUAUGAUUCUUAACUUAUCAAAAUAAUUGUUUUUACUCCUUAAUAGCAAACUGUGUAUAUAAAAUGUAUUUUAAAUCAAAGUUUUGAUAAAACACAUUAUUCUCUCAA